CAGCAGCAGCUAUUAAAGCUCAGAGGACCAAGGGGCACCGGCCACAAAAAAACUCUCCAAACACAAUUACAGAGGGUGGACGGGAAAAAGAACAACCUCUUUGAAUUAUUAAACGUUAAGUCGUCCUCACCACAAUGCACUGGCUGAAAAGUCUGAGAACAGCUAACCCGGGAAUCUUGCAGCUGUUUAAAAAUGCAGGGAUCUCCGCCAGAGCCGGAGCUGACAACAUUGUUUUGUCCAGGACGCAGCAACCUGUUCCUCUCCCCUGCUGGGUCGCAGCAUCAGCCCACACCCACAGAGCCUUUCAUCAGCAGAAGGGCCCUGAUGUGGAUCAAGGACACUCCAACAGAAGCAGGUUGAUGUCCAGCAUGGAGGAUCUGCUCUUCUACACCAUCACUGAAGGCAAAGAGAUGAUCCCCCUCCCCCAGUUUAUCUCUGCUUUGAGAAAAACAGGUCUGAUGACCUCCGACCCCCGGCUGCGUGACUGCGUCAAACAGAUGCGACAACACUCACGUGACUCCAUCGGUCCUGUCGUGAUGGACAAAAAGCUCUUCAGAAGGUUUGUGGUGAACAACAUCAUGCUGCUCACUAAGGCCUUCAAAAAGAAGUUCAUCAUCCCCAACUUUCAAGAGUUCACCCAGGAGAUUAAUAAGCUUUACGACAGCGCUCAGCGGCAGGAGGGAGGACGAGUAGCUGAUUACAUUCCUCAGCUGGCUAAGUUCAGCGCUGAUCUCUGGGGUGUGGCCCUGUGCACAAUCGACGGUCAGAGACACUCGGUGGGUGACACCAAGGUUCCCUUCUGUCUGCAGUCCUGCGUGAAGCCCCUGGAGUACGCCAUCGCUGUGCACGAGCUCGGGAGUGACCACGUUCACCAGUAUGUCGGCAAAGAGCCCAGUGGAUUCAAGUUCAACAAGCUGUCACUAAAUGAUGAAGAUAAACCACACAACCCGAUGGUGAAUGCUGGAGCUAUCGUCAUCAGCUCUUUAAUGAAGCCUAAUUCAAAUAAAGCCGAGAGGUUCGACCACGUGAUGGACUUCUUGAAAAGCAUGGCCGGCACAGAGUAUGUUGGCUUCAGCAAUGCAACGUUCCAGUCAGAGAGGGAGACCGGUGACAGGAAUUAUGCAAUUGGUUAUUACCUCAAAGAGAAAAGGUGCUUUCCUGACAAUGCAGACAUGACUGCAGCCCUCGACUUCUACUUUCAGUUGUGCUCUAUUGAGGUGAACUGCGAGUCAGGGAGUGUCAUGGCUGCCACACUGGCCAAUGGCGGUAUCUGUCCAAUUACAGGCGAGCGUGUGCUGAGCGCUGAAGCGGUUCGAAACACCCUGAGUCUCAUGCAUUCCUGUGGCAUGUACGACUUCUCAGGACAGUUUGCUUUCCAUGUGGGCUUGCCGGCUAAAUCUGGAGUUUCAGGUGCUGUGGUGCUGGUGGUCCCCAACGUCAUGGGUAUGAUGUGUUGGUCCCCCCCGCUGGACCGUCUUGGGAACAGUGUUCGUGGAAUUCACUUCUGUCAGGAGCUGGUGUCAUACUUCAACUUCCACAAUUAUGACAACCUGAGGCACUUCACUAAGAAACACGACCCCAGAAGGAGAUCGGACGAUGAUCCAAACAAGUCGGUGGUGAAACUGAUGUUUGCAGCCUACAGUGGUGAUGUCACAGCUCUCAGGAGGUUCGCCCUUUCAGCUGUGAACAUGGAGCAGUGGGACUACGACUCUCGCACGGCGCUCCACAUCGCUGCAGCUGAAGGUCAUUUGGAAGCUAUACUUUUCCUGACUGAAAUAUGUAAAGUCAACCCCCACAUGAAAGACAGAUGGGGGAACACGCCCCUGGACGACGCCCUGCAGUUUGGCCAUGAUGCAAUUGUCUCAGUCUUGCAAGAGUACCAGCGGGUUUGCCCUGAUGGAGACUCCCCUUGUGAAACAGAGACAGAGGAGCAGAAGACGACACUGGAUACACUGAAGAGCAUUGUGUAAACCACAAGGGAUCAUAAGGGUUUGUAAUGCAAAUCCAGUUUAUAAUGGACCUAUGAGGAGUGAAAGAACAGGAUGAGAGAGGGAAGUCAUGAAUGAGUGUGUUUAUCUCCUUUGGACUGUUAAAAAGAUUCAGAACUGAAUUCCCUCGUGGUGCACUGCUGCAAACUGGGGGUUUGGUCAACAAUGUAAAGCAGCGAACACACAUGCAAUGUGUUGCCAUAAAAGAUUAUAUAAAUUUACUCCAUGAUUUGUCUCGGUGCAAUAUUAACCAGAAUGGCCCUCAUACCUCCAACAAGGCCCAACAGUUUCCUUAUGAAACCACUUUUAUCUUCACUAGUUCCUGAUUUUUAUUGGGAUCGGCACCAAAGGCACACACCCACAAACACCAGUCACCUUAAUAUGCUGAAUUUGUAUUUAUCAAUCUAUGAAUUUUUCUCUCAGAAAUCAAAGAAAACAUUGAAUAAGGCCCCAUCUCACAAAGUUAAAGUGAACAAUUAUUUCUGGAUCCACACCAAAGUUUUGUGGAUCCUCCCCGACUCAUACAGCAUCCUUAAUCCAAGUUUUAUGGAAAACUGUCCUGUUAUUUUUUCGUAAUCCUGCUAAUUAACAAAUGCCGAUGAAAACCUUUACCUUAGCUUCUGAUGUAAAUAUGAAAUAUAUUUUUUGCUUAUUUGAGCUUUAUUUUGUUUCAUUUUUUAUUUGAUUGAGGGAUUUCCUGCCCUGCAUUUUGUGCAAUAUGUGUAUAGAUAUUCCUGAAGUUUUCUUAAUUGUUCUACCUCAACAUGAGGUGAUUCAGUCGCGUUUGUGCCUCAACACUGAAACAUCAGGUUCUCAGUGUAUUUGAUGAGUUUAUUGAGGCUCACAGGCCAGUCCUCUGCUGAUACCUCGUUGUGUUUGUGUCAGCUGUUUUCUUUCUAUCUGGAUGAAUCAUUCUUACAAUAUGAUUGUGAGCUCGUUUUAUUGCAAAAUGUAUAAAUUAAUUACAAUCUGUGCAAAUUAGUAUAUUUCCAACUGGACACAGUUGUGUUUGAAGUUAUAAUUUUUGAAAAAAAGCAAAAUUUAAACAUAUGCAUAACCAAGUCAUGUGCUUAAAACAUAUUAUACAGUUGAAUCAUCUGCAAUGAGCGCAUUUUAUUCACCAUAACUUAACUACAGCAAAGAGAUGAUUCCUCAGCAUGACAUGAGCUUUAUUCUGUCGCUGUAAAUAUGUAUUUUCCUGCUGUAAAUAAAAGGGAUUGUGAAAGUA